GAGUGAGGCGGGAAGGAGGGGCGUCUGUCUGGAAUUGCGCCGCUCCGAGCCGUCCGUCAGUCAGCCUCCCUGCCGUUCAAAACCGCAGCUACAGCUUCUCGGGAUUUCUUUGUUAAACUCCGUGACCAUGAGCGAGUCUCUGGUGGUUUGUGACGUGGAUGAAGAUCUGGUGAAGAAGCUGCGGCAGUUUCGCUUCCGGAAGGAGACCAACAACGCGGCCAUCGUCAUGAAGAUCGAUAAGGACAGACAGCUGGUCAUUCUGGACGAGGAGCACGAGGACAUUUCUCCAGAUGAUCUGAAGGACGAGCUUCCCGAGCGCCAGCCCAGGUUCAUCGUCUACAGCUACAAGUACCAGCACGAUGACGGCCGGGUGUCGUACCCGCUCUGCUUCAUCUUCUCCAGCCCUGUGGGCUGCAGACCCGAGCAGCAGAUGAUGUACGCCGGCAGCAAGAACAAGCUGGUGCAGACGGUGGAACUCACUAAGGUGUUCGAGAUCAGAAACACAGAGGACCUGACAGAGGAGUGGCUCCGGGAGAAACUGGGCUUCUUCCGCUAACGCGGCGGCCUCAGGCGGAGGUUUGGGGUGUGAGGAGGCUCCAGCCCAGCCCAUCUUCAUCGUCUUCUUCCUCUCCUCUUCACCUGUGGAAGCGGCCGUGCGGGGCGGUCUGCGGCUCGGUCCGGGUUCUGCAGUCGCGGUUCCGACACGGCUCUGUUUUUGUCUCAUGUGCCAGUGACGUAUCCGUACCGACGAGCGCUCCCGAUCCCGACGUCGGUCCAUCUCCAUCCUCUCUGUGGAGAAUUUUAAAGCUUAGUAACGUUUUUCGGAUCUCCUUGGUUCUGUUUGGUUCUGUAGAGGAAGUCCCGCCUUUCUUCGGUUUCUUUUGAUGUUCUGUCGUUUCUGG